GCACUCACACCGCGCGGUUGCGCGCGUACGUGAUGAACGUGAUGCAAAGGUCUGUCAUGUGUGGAUGUCAUGCGGACGUGUCCGCUGUCGCCGCCACCGCCGUCGUCACCAUUGCAAUUUGUUGACGUUACCGUACCCGGUGGUGGUCGAGGCCCUCGGGACACGCGCGCACGUGGAGAAAGCUGAGAGGAUGCUGCGAUGUCAGCACGCAGACGUCACGUCGUAGGGCCCGUGGCAAAUCGUGACUUUGCGAGCACAGGCGACUCGCGGUACUAUCACGAUGGAGACGAGGCGAGCGGCAGAUUGUUGAGCGAGGAAGCUGUUGAGGAAAGCGAGCAGCCGACGACGACGACGACGCCGACCAUGACGUCCCGCGACAGGACCAACGAGUUCACCAACGCGAUCCGCUCCAUGCAGAGCAGGACCAUGAUGCAGACCACCACCAACCUGCAAAAUCCACGCCGUGCACGUCAGAUACAGAGCUACUCGAACUUUAUGAUGAUAGCCAAGAACAUUGGCAGAAACAUUGCCAGCACGUAUACUAAGCUGGAGAAACUUGCCCUAUUGGCCAAGAAGAAAUCUAUAUUUAAUGAUAGGCAAAUGGAGAUUGAGGAGCUUACGAAUAUUAUAAAAGAAGAUCUAAAGAGCUUGAACCUUCAGAUUGGAAAGCUGCAGGAACUCGGAAAGUCACAGAGAGAAAGCUUUGGCUCCUUGCAGAGUCAUCACAUUGCCUCCCAUUCAUCUUCGAUUGUGAUGGCAUUGCAAUCAAAGCUAGCUAAUAUGUCUAAUCAUUUCAAAAGUGUCUUGGAAGUUCGCUCUGAGAAUAUGAGGGAGGAACAAAGUAGAAGACAGCAGUUCACUCAAGGAUCUCUGUCCACUAUGCUCCCCCCAAGUGUUGUUUCUGGGAAACAAGGUUCUUUAUUAUUACAAGAAGAAAUGUCUAGUAAUUCAGUUGCAAUAGAUUUGGAAGGUGGAAUGAAUCAGCAGUUACAGCAACAAUUUAUACAAGAUGAUACCGAUGCGUACCUGCAAUCGAGAGCCGAAACUAUGCAAAACAUAGAAUCUACUAUAGUUGAAUUAGGAGGUAUUUUCCAGCAAUUAGCGCAUAUGGUAAAGGAACAAGAAGAAAUGGUUGAAAGGAUAGACAGCAAUAUAGAGGAUACUGAGCUAAAUGUGGAAGCUGCACACACGGAAAUACUAAAGUACUUUCAGUCUGUGACAAGCAAUAGAUGGUUAAUGAUAAAGAUAUUCGCAGUUCUGAUAUUUUUCUUUAUAUUUUUUGUAGUGUUUUUAGCAUAACACUAUCGAUAAUUAUAUUUAUAAUAUCAUUACACUUUAUCAUCCAUAUCCACUGUUUGUGAUAAGAAACAAAGAGAGAAAAUGGUUUUUACAAAGUUGCGACAUACAUACAGGCAAAAAUGAAAAGAUAUUGCGUGCAUUCCUCGCCCUUUCCCUGGAUUGUGAAUAUUGUAAGUACAUUUAAAUACUAUUGUAAGUAUUUAAAUAUUACAUUACUUGUAUAUCUCGCAUUUUGCUGAGUAUAAAUUGUAAAAAGGAAAUAUUUCUAUAGAUAAUAAAUGCAUAAUUUUCAUUUUUUUGGAGGCAAACAAUUUUACAAAUAAA